AUGUCGAAACGUAAACCUUCCACGGCAUCUAUUGAAUCAUUCUUCAAGCGCUCCCGUACUGAGGUUAGUGAUCCUAGCUCACCGACUCCAGCUCCUGAACCGCCAAUCUGUGUUUCAACACCGUCAAAACAGCGUACUUCUGGGUUCAAUCCCAAGUGGAAGGAGACGUUUUCUUGGUUGCAGGAAAGCGCGGACGGUGAGAACUACACAUUAAAUAAAAUGACUUUGAUACAGUUUGGAAGUAACAUUACUCAUCAGCGCCGUCCCAAGAAGUGUCCGGCAGGCCGAGCGACUUGGGUUGACGUCCCUUGUACCACCGUCCGCCGACAAGCCUGCAAGACUCACCAGGACAGCGACUCACACAAGGAAGCUGUCCUAUUUGAGUCCACGGCAGUGACGACAGGCGGCGGCAUUGAGGGGGGUUUCAUACGGGAGAGAGAUGUCAACCGUGACGCAAUCCGGAAGGCAAUGACGUUACUUUACUGGCUGGUGAAGGAAGAGAUCCCGCAACAUACAAAGUUCGAGUCACUCGUGGACACCAUCAAGGGAAUGGGAAUGGACGUGCUGAACAUGCUGACGCUCGGAGGCAACGCCAACUACACGAGCAACGACUUCGUGAACAAGACGGUGGUCCUGUUUGGAAACGUCAUUUUCAGAGACAUCGUGGCCGAGAUCCAGCAGUCGCCUUUCUACUCCGUGAUGAUUGAUGAAACGACAGACAUUGCCACUCACAGCCAGCUAUCCAUCUACGUGCGAUAUCUUCAUCAGGGCGCCAGUAAAACCGUGUUUUGCUCGCUAGUGAAAGUUCACAACGGGAAGUCCGACACCAUCCGGGCUGCUGUCGUCCAGUUCCUGCGUGAUGCCAAACUGCCGCUUAACAAGAUGUGCACGUUUGGCAGCGAUGGCGCCGCAGCCAUGCUUGGGAAGAAGAAUGGCGUUGCUGCACAACUCCAAACCAUGGUUCCCCACAUCCUGGUGAACCACUGCGUCGCCCACCGUCUUGCGUUAGCCAGCUCACAGGCCGCCGAGAAAGUGCCAUACCUCCUUAAGUGGAAGGCUAACAUGGAACAGCUUUUCCGGUUUUACCACGCUAGUGGCGUCAGAACAGCAUCUCUAUUAGAGAUUCAGACUAUCCUGGAAGAGCCGAAGGUGAAGGUCACAGAGGCAAAGGAUGUCCGAUGGUUGUCGCACAACAAGGCCGUGAAGGCGAUCAGACGCUGUCUGCCGUCACUACUUACCAGUCUGGAGCAUGAGGCAAGAGAGCGAUGCGACGCAGUGGCACAGGGGCUUGCGAUUUUCAUGCAGCAGUACAGAUUCGUGGCAGCUCUGAUGAUGAUGUCAGAUAUGUUGCCCGUACUGGCGAACCUGUCCCUUGCGCUGCAGACGAAGGACGCGGUCUACAGCACAGUCGGAACUCUUGUGAUGGGUGCCAUAACCACGGUCCGGUCUAUGAAGGAGCACCCAGAGCUUAAAUUCAGAGAGCUUCCCGUUACAAUAGGACAACUGUCAGACCAGCCGUUUCGCUUCCAGAAACCUAGCGCGAACACUGUUUGA